AUGGCUCCCCACUCCCUCUCCCCCCUCGCCUCCCCUUCCCCGGGGCCCCCCCGAGGAGGGUCUCCCACGCCAUGGAAACACAACUCCCCUUGCCCUUCCCGGUCCCCGUCCCCCUUUAAGGAGGCGACCACCGGGCUCAUGACGUCCCCAAAGCUGUGGCACAAGACCUCCAUCUCGCGCCUGGCCGAGGAGUUCUUCUGGAUUGGAGGAAGCAUGGUGGCCUCGCCAAAUUGGAGGCUCGGACAGAUCGUGGAGAGGUGUAUGUGUACCAUGCAGGAUGGUACUCAGAUGAUGAAGCUGAGGGGGAAGUCCAAGACGAUGGUCAGGUGUUUCUACCUGGGCGAGCAUCGUGCCUGCAUUCGCUGGAAACCCUCUCGCAAGCGGGAGAAGGCCAAGAUCCCGAUCGACGCUAUCCAUGAGAUUGUCGAGGGUCGCCAGACAGAGACAUUUCAGCGUUUCUCAGGGAGCGAUUUCGACCCCAACUGCUGCUUCAGCAUAUACCACGGGGAACACAGGGAGUCACUUGACCUGGUGGCCAACAACCAAGAGGACGCUAGAGCAUGGAUAACAGGACUCAGGUAUCUGCUCGCCGGCAUCAGUGAUGAGGAUAGCCUGGCCAAGAGGCAGCGCACACGCGACCAGUGGCUGCGUUGGACGUUUUCGGAGGCGGAUAAGAAUGGUGAUGGGAACCUGAGCAUCGGGGAAGUGAUGCAUCUACUGCAUAAGCUCAACGUCAACCUCCCCAGGGAGAAGGUCAUGGAAAUGUUCCAGGAGGCUGACACGGAUGAUAACGAGGGUUCCCUGGCGUUUGAGGAGUUCUGUACGUUUUACAAGAUGAUGUCAACGCGGCGAGAUCUCUACAUCCUCAUGCUCUCAUACAGCCACCACAAGGAAUACAUGGACCUCAAAGACCUGCAGCGCUUCCUAGAGGUCGAACAGAAGCUGGCGAACGUAACCAAGGACCAGUGCCUGGAGAUCAUCAUCCUGUUUGAGCCAAACCCCCAAAACGUCAACGACACAGUGCUCGGCAUCGACGGUUUCACCAACUUCAUGCGCAGCCCGGCGGGGGACAUCUUCAACCCGGAGCACAGCCAGGUCAACCAGGACAUGACGCAGCCCCUCUGCAACUACUACAUCUCCUCCUCACACAACACCUACCUGACCGGAGACCAGUUCAUGUCACAGUCCCGCGUAGACAUGUACGCAUACGUACUGCAGACCGGCUGUCGCUGUGUAGAAGUGGACUGCUGGGAUGGUCCUGAUGGAGAGCCCAUAGUGCAUCAUGGGUACACGCUGACCUCUAAAAUCCUCUUCAAGGACAUCGUGGAGACCAUAAACAAAUAUGCCUUCGUCAGGAGCGCGUACCCGGUGAUCUUGUCCAUAGAGAACCACUGUAGCGUUCCACAGCAGAAGAAAAUGGCUCAGUACCUGCUGGAGGUUCUGCAGGACAAACUGGACCUCACCAACAUCAACGCCAACGAGACGGUCAAACGCCUGCCCAGCCCGGAACACCUGAAGGGGAAGGUGCUCGUUAAGGGUAAGAAGCUGCCGGCCACGUUACCUCCUGACGCGGAAGAGGGGGAUGUGUCAGACGAGUCGAGCGGAGAGGAAGAAGAGGAGGAAGAGGAGGAGGAGGAGGAACCACAGAUGAACGGACAGGGUGUGAACGGUACAGGUGCUCCACAGGAGUCAAAGGCCAGCCGCUUCCUCAGGAAGUCGUGGAUGGGCAGCUUCAAACGCAAGAAAAAGAGACGGAGUAAAAAGAAGACAAUCCUGGAGGACACGGACACGGACCCCGAACCGCUGACCAAACUCACACCACGCAAACAAGACAUCAACUACGGCAGCAAGAAGAAGACGAUGCGUCUCUCUCGUCACCUCUCCGACCUGGUCAAGUACACCAAGUCUGUACGGGUCCACGACAUAGAAACACAAGCCUGGCAGUGCAGCUGGCAGGUGUCGUCGCUAAAUGAGAGCAUAACCAAUCAGAUUGUGCAGUUCAAGUCGGGUGAGCUGGUGCGCUUAAACCAGAGGCAGCUGCUGAGGGUCUACCCCUCCAACUACAGAGUCGACUCCAGCAACUUCGACCCACAACCAUACUGGAACUCUGGAGUCCACAUGGUGGCUCUGAACUACCAGACAGAGGGCCGCAGUCUGCAGAUGAACAAGGCCAAGUUUGCUGCCAACGGGAGCUGUGGCUACAUACUCAAACCCAAGUGCAUGUGCAAAGGUGCCUUUGACCCAUUGGUAGACGACCCGUUGCCGGGCAACAAGAAGAAACAACUGAUGCUGAAGAUCAUCAGCGGACAAAAACUCCCAAAACCCAGAGACUCACUAAUGGGGGACCGAGGAGAGAUCAUAGAUCCGUUUGUCGAGGUUGAGAUCAUUGGCCUGCCGGUGGACUGCCAGAGGGCUACGACUCGAACGAUUAACGACAACGGUUUUAACCCCAUGUGGGAGGAGACCCUGCUGUUCUCGCUCCACAUGCCUCAGAUAGCUCUGGUGCGCUUCAGCGUGUGGGACCAGGACCCCAUUGGACGCAACUUCAUCGGCCAGAGGACCAUCAACUUCAACAGCAUGCUCACAGGUUACCGCCAUGUGUACCUGGACACGUUGGAUGAGGCCUCCAUCUUUGUGCAUAUUUCAAUGUCUGACACUAGCGGCAAGCACAAGGGUCACGGCAUGAAGAAGUUUCUCCAGAGGGCGUCCAACGGCCCAGCGAUGGGAUUGGCUAAGGGGAAGAUGAUGUCGUCUGAGUCGUCGCUCUCCAAACCCUUCUCGGACGACGACACCAGCUCCCAUGGCAGCCGAGACCCCACCCUUACGAGAGGGCCGAACAGCGAGCCGAUGCGGAGAGCACAGAGGGUCUACUUCCAGGAGCCGGCAUUAGAGAAACCCAGGGGCCGCAGGAGCCGCAUGUCGUCGGAAGCGAGUUCCACAGGAGCGGAGAUCAACUACGGAUACAUCAACUGGGCCAGCGAGGACUCCCGCGAUGCAUCUGACAUCGAGACGCCACCUGUCCGCACACGCUGGCCGGCCCUCAACAAGCAGGAGAGCGCCUCCUCCGAGCGCUCCUGUGGCUCUCCGCAGCCUUUAGACCCGAGGGAACCUCCGCCCAAGCCGAGCCGGGACCCUGCGUUCUUACAGUCAGCAGAGGGACAGAAGGAUGCCGCAUUGGAAAUCAUGGUUCCUAUCAUACCAAAACUGCAGAACAGGUGGAACUUGAUGGUCCCUCAUCCACAUGACACUCCUCCGCGGUUGCGACGGCAAUCUGCAGUUUUGGAACCUACGGACUUGCAGCAGCUGACCAAUCAGGACCAAACAACCACGAGACAACUAGCCAAUCAGGAACACCCAAGUCCAAGAGCACUCCAACUACUCAAGCCACCAGAACAGGAUCUGGAGGCCAGCGUUUUAGAACUGUUUGACCAGCCAGUAGAACCCAGAACAGACCAGAACAUACUUUUACCUUUCCCACCAACAGACAAAGGCCUGGAGGUUAGGACAGACUCCAGGACAAAGAGCCACCUCCAGGAGAUGAUGUCACUUCCUACUAUAGAGGAACCAAUGGAGUCCGAUGAAGAACUGGUAGAACACAUAGAACAGGUGGAACCCACUCCCAGAUCUCUAGACAGCGGCUCCAGAGUGUUACAUCCAAUAGAUGAGCGACCAGAGCUCAAACCACAGGACAGGAGACCUUUGAACCAACCUGGGCUGAUAGAUGCUGUAGACCAGCGCCCUGAGGCUACAGACUUAGAGCCUGUAGACCAGCCGAAAACCUCCCCGAGUCCUGACCCCCUUAGGAAGACGCCCCCCAUCUACCAGGCCCCCUGCCCCCCUCCCCGCAGAGGCUACUCCAUCCUCCACCACACCCAAUCCAGCCCAUCCUUCAGCGAGCGGCGUACCAAGAGUGUUCCCCACCGCCGGCCUCCACCACCCCCCAGGACCCCACCCCGUCCCCCCCGCCGUAGGCUGGACUCACAGAAAUCCACCCCAGAGCAGAAACCAGAUAACCAACCCCCCAACCCACCUCCAAGGCAUCACACCCCCAACCCACCACCAAGCCAUCACACCCCUGACCCAUGGACAAGCCGUCACUCCCCUGAUCCAUCCACAAGCCACCACACCCCCAACCCAUGGACAAACCGUCACACCCCCGAGCCAUCAACAAGCCGUCACAUCGACCCAUGGACAAGCCGACACUCCCCUGUUCUGGCAGAGCAACGGCCCGAUCACCAACCCACCAGCCGUCAUUCCCCUCUCCUGCCCGAUCACCAACCCCCCAGCCGCCACCUUCCAGCCCUUCCGGACUGCAGUCGCCACCCUUCAGCCUUGCCGGACUCCAGUCUCACUAGCGCCGCCCCGGUGGCAGAGGAGGGGUUGAGCAGCGGAGGCAGCCAGGACAGCCUGGACCUGAGCAGCCUGCCGUCUAAGGCCGGGGUGGGGGAGCGGAGAGGGGAGCAGGAGGCAGGGACACUGCAGAGGGAGAUGGCUGCACUCUUCACUCAUAGGAUGAUGGAACUACGAUGUGGAUCACCCAUGCUGUUCAGGGAUGACAAAGAUAAUGAAGACGAUGAAGAUGAUGAAGUAGCUGGACUGUGA